AUGGACAAGGCACCAUAUUUACCACCAGCCAACCUGGAGUUCCUGGGCUCCCCCAUGCAUCGUGGGUACCUCUGUGCACAGAGGCUGAAGGGUCUAGAGAUGGGUAGACUGUCCCCCAAGCCAUUUCGACAGCGUUUUCAUAGGCAGCAGUCCCCACUGGUGCCCCACAGCAUGCGCCCACCUUUUCCAUUCACACCUCCCAGAAGAGCGGCUCCACCCUUCACCCCCAAUCAGUCUCCAGGUUUUAUGUCCCAGACUCCCUUCAGGCCAAUGUCUCCUAACAUUAGCACCCCUGUGAGGCCAAUGACCCCAAAGAUGGUCAGGAUGCAGUUUGGUCCAAUGUCUCCCAGUCCUAGCAUGUCUCCGUUCUUUAGCCCCCUAGGCAACACACUCCAGAGGUUCAAGGUUCCUGGACAUGUAACACAGCUGCAUCCCCAACAUCGCAGAAUCCUUAGUCAACGACAACGCACUCAAAGCUCCAGCCGUAAGCAGUGGGAUAGUAGAUCUGAUCCUUAUGCGAGUUUGAUGUCUCAGAAGGAGAAGGAAUGGGUGAUCAAACUGCAAAUGAUCCAGUUACAAAGUGAAAAUCCCCAUCUAGAUGACUACUACUACCAGACCUACUAUGAGAGACUGGAGCGGCGGUUAGCGGAGGAAGAAUUUUUGGGUGAGCGCAAAAAGAAGGAACCUCCUAAACUUGUCACUCCCUAUAUCCAGAAAGCGGAGACCUAUGAAUCGGUGGUUCACAUUGAAGGUUCUCUUGGACAGGUGGCAGUUUCAACCUGUUACAGCCCCAGGAGAGCUAUAGAUGCCAUUUCCUAUGUAAUGCCAGAUGAGGAUAUUAAAGCUCUUGGUUACCAGAGGCUGAGGGUGCUCAAACACAUUGAAAAGCUCUUCAUAAAGUUGCUGGAGGUGGAAGAGACUGAGAGGAAAAUACCUCACAUGCCUGAAGACCAGCAUAUCCGCUACCAACAAAAACAAAGCUACAAAGUUCAAAGCAUCUAUGAAGCGCUGAAGAUUGGAGUGUGCAGCUGUGAUGAUGAAUCAGAAAAUGAGUUUCUGCAAAUUCUGCAAGUUGGGAAGGGGAAGAAGCUGGUUGCUCGGCUCCUCCGGUUCCUCCACAGUGAACAGGCGGUGGAAAUCCUUUUGACUGUUGUCCAGCAUUUGUCCUACCUCAUAAAGAAUGACACCAAUGAAAAGUCUCUUCCAGUACUCUAUGGACCCCUAACGUCUAUAAUUAAUGAACUGCCAUUUACUGAGCUAAUCCGAGUAAUUCAAGAACUUACCAGGCCUUUGCCAGAGAGCCCAGAUUUGCCGCUUACAUUGGCGUUCCAGAACCAGUUUGGAAUCUCCCUGUUGUAUGCAUUACUGAGCCAUGGAGAGAGCCUAUUGUCUUCUGAUACACCAAUGGAGCCAUGCAUUGGGGACUUUGAAAAAUGGACUGAUACAGUUUUCCUUGUAGCAAAGGAGCUCUCUCAUGUUUCCAAAUCCUCCAUGGUGGAGCCACUCUUCCUGCCAAGCAAUUUGCUUUCCUUAUUUUGCCGUUACCUUGACAAGCAGACUAUUCAUAAACUAGAGGACAAAAUGGAGUAA